AGUCGGACCUUUCCGAGUUUUCUCGUUCCGACGUGCGCGUGAACGCAGCAAAAAUCGUUUCUUUCUUGGUCUUGGGUUGGUGCUCAGAGGGGAGAAAGCGUUUAUGGAAUUUGUGGUUACAUAGUAUUUCCUCGGGUAACUCGAUGCGCUGGAAGGGGGAAGGCAGAAGAUCCCUCCUUGCCGACAACGCAUUGAGACUUCCAGAAAUCUCUCCGUCUGAAGACGUUAGAAAGAGGAAAAUGGCCUCUAAAGUUACAAUCGAUGGACUGCAGAAACGGAGAAAGGAGUCAUUGGACGACUGCCACAAUAUUUCUUAUCAUCGGGGAGUUAUUUUUUUGUCACCAGAAUGGAAUGGUUUUUCUUGGACACUGCAAAAAUGAAACAGACACUGCAUCUCUGUGUGUUUUGGCUGUUGCUGGUAUGGAGCACAGGGGCCUCUGACAGGAGACCCUCAAAAGGACAAUCUUACGACGAACAUCCCUCCGGGGGAUUUUUAACAGAACACAAAAUGUGCUGAAAUCUGACAGUAUUGCUCCUUCCGCUGGUGGUAUAAAUGUAUCCCCUAUGACGAGCCAUCGUGACAGAAUGCAGAGAGAUGAGAAAGCUGAGCCUCCAAGAAGAGGAAAAGAACCACCAAGCAGAAGGAUGAUGCCAAGCAGAAGAAUACCCCAACAACCAAAGAAACCCAUAAACCAGGUUGGCAGUGGAACUGGCACAUCUCAAGACAACAGUAAACAAGUGACAGUGGAGGCGGUUCAGGCUCAGUCCACACCAGCCCACACCGUCCCCGGCAGCGCCGGCUCCCUCAACGUCCUGGCCAGCUUCGCAGGGAAGAACCGGGUCCUGGUCAUCUCCGCCCCACAUGACUCAGACGGUUACUAUCGCCUGAUGAUGACCCUCCUCAAGUCGGACGUCUACUGCCAGAUGGCGGAGCGGCACAUGCAGAUGAUAGUGAUGUUCCACCAGGAGGGAGAGCGAGGCGGGAAGGUGCGGCGGGUCAACGCCAAGGGACAGGUGACGGAGGAGCCCCUGGAUACGGUCCUCAUCCCCAGGCUAAUGAACUUCCUGAAGCUGGAGGAGGGGAAGUUUGGCAUGGUUCUCCUGAGGAAGACCCUCCAGGUGGAGGAGAGGUACCCGUACCCGGUCAGGCUGGAGGCUAUGUACGAGGUGAUGGACCAGACCCACAUGCGCAAGCUGGAGAAGGCCAGGCAGAGAGGCUUCGUGCAGAGGUGCAAGGCGGCCGGUGUUGAGGGCCAGGUGGUUGAGUCUCAGGGCCAGGGGGUAUUGACCAUGGGGUCAGAGGUCACAGUGAACUCUACAGUGGAGAGGGUGCCAGUGAGGAAAGGGGUGCAGAGACCAGCUCAAGGACCAAAGGCUGGGACAGUUACCACAACCCGACCAACCACAAAACCAACUAUGACCACAAAGGCAACCACAAUUACAACAAAGCCAACCACAACCACCACAACUAAACCAACAAGAACAAAAAAAAAAACAACUACAACCACAACAAAACCACCACCAACAACAAAAGCAACCACAACCAUAACUACAGCAAAGCCAACCACAACCACCACCAGAAAAACAACCACGACCACAACAAAACCAACAACUACUACAACGACCAUAAAAACAACACCGCACUGGGACCUAGAGGUCCCCACCACAGACGAAUCCUCCUACAUCCUCUCAGAGACCCACAAAAAUGGCAUAGAUGACGUUACAGAAUCCCACAGAGACCAAUAUGAAGAAGACACAACCGACGAUACCAAACAUGGCCGACAAGUUGUUACCUCUCCAACUCAGCUCACUAACAACAAACCAACUGAAGGAGUGGAAGAGCUGGGCAGUGAACUUAAGGUUGACUCUGAUGCACAGGUGGAAACAGCUUCCCCCAAGAAGAGCAAGGUCAAGCGGCCUGUCAAUGCAGAGAGGAAGAAAAAGGCUGAUAAAUCAGGCAAAAAGAGUAAAGCAGACAAGAAAAGGUUGAAGGCUACUAAAGACAGUGAUGGGGGCUUCUAUCGUGGCAGGAGACCAGGGAAGAAGGCCGUUAUUAACCAGGAGAAAGAAGCAGACAACAAGAGGCCCCCCACCAAACAGCCAAACCUCUUAGUAUCCUUUUUUGGUCAUUUUGAGAAGAGACGACGUCUACUUGUGAGUAUUCUGUUGUGA